AACACUGCGAGCGCAUAUAUUCCAACAUUUAAAGUUGACGUGCCCCCCUUACAGGACGCUUCCGCGCAUAGUGCAAUUGCUCGCGCGUCUUCCACGCUCGAAAAUGCACUUGAAGAUACGAGCGUGCCACAGAGCGACCUCGCUGCACUGUAUAGCCUCUCAUCUCUCCGUCUACUCUUCGCCCACCGCGCGGUGUUUCACCGAAUAGCCGCAAGCGCGCAGCCGUCCAACGCACCCCCGUCGAUGGUUGUAUGCUGGGUCGAUGUGCUGCUGGCCAAGCUCGCGCCGAUUAUUACAGGCGAACGCGCUCCUGCAAACUCGACAAGCAACUUCCUGCAGUCGCAGAGGUACUCGGACAGCCUCCGAGCAGCGGCACAACUGCCAGAAUCCUGGGAUGAUAUUCCGCAGGCGCUAGUGUCCGCCGCGAUGUCGCCGGCCGCGCGGCGGUUAGCAAUACGACUGCUAUAUGGGGCAUUCGUGCUAUCUGGAGAAAGGGAAAACCUUUGCGAGGACAACGCACAGCCGGCCGACCUUCUGCCAGCCCUGUCUGCCUUCCUCGAUUAUAGCGAGCACGAGCGCGCCAAUGAGCAAGGGCUGCAAUGGCGCUUAACCUCGGCAAUGGUUUUUGCACUGUAUGCUGUCGCCGAUUCUCACAACGCCGACGGCGGUCACAAACUGAUGCGUCCUCGAACUCUCGGGCGGAUGCUCCAGCUCGCGCGAACAGUGUUGCAUGGUGAGACGAUCGUUGAGUCGAUCUUCCAACCUUGUCAGGUUCAGGAUCAAGCAACGAAGCUGCUUCUCCGAGAUCAGAUCAUUCUGUGGUGUUGGAGGACGUGGCAGGAUAACAGGGUGGCGGACUUCGAGACAGUGGUAGCGAUGACCGCCGCAUGGCUAAGGCAUGUCGCGCAGCUCAGCGAGGACACUAUGCGCAAGGUAGAGGAGCAGCCAGAGGUCUGCUGCGCGGCGAUGCUGCACGUUCUCCAUCAUCUUGUGCCCUUGAUCCGAGGGGAUGCAACAGACCUUCUGCACAUUGCCUACAGGGCAAUGUACAUCGUAAACCACGUCUGCCGCCCACCAGGUCUUCUUCCGACGCAAGCGCCGGAGAUGUGCCGCGUGGGCUUGCGUAUGUUGGUGGCGCUAAAAGACGAUGAGGAUGAGCUACGAGUGAAGGACGCAGCCAUAGAGAUGCUAGCGCUCGCGGACGUGGACGUUCUCCGUGUAGCGCUUGAGCAGGCGCGCGAUGAUCCUAUACUGCGAUUUCCCAAUAGCGUGGACGAAGCUGUAAGCCGUUCUCGCCGUCUUUUGCCGCCUCUCGAUUCCUCGAUACUGGACGACAACAUCAAUCUCCGGCCGGUCAUCACUACGGUCCAGCUCUUGACUCUCAUCUGGCAUAGUGGAGCUCGUGGUUGUCUCAUACGCUAUACGGCUGCGCACUUGCUGGCCUUGCUUGUCGAGCGCCUGUCUUCCGCGCCGCCAGCCGCACCUAUCGUGAUCUCUCUUGCCGAUGCUGUGUUCACGGCGCUCGCUGCUGCUGAGCGCGCCGAGCCUCGCGACGACGAGGCAGAUACGGCGGCGUGGACUCUAGGCGCGCGAAUAGGGCAUGAAGCCAUCGAUGUAGCAGGCGCUUUUGCGCAGUACAUACUGGCCACGAAGCGAUUGCCCGCGCCGCUAGUUUGUGCGCAGGCCGCGGAUGCCAUACGGGAUGCCCUUCUGCUGGUCAUGCGAAGACACUUCUUGGACAUUGAAGAGCCGCUCGCGCUGUUGCUCGCGCCCGCCCUCUGCGCGGCGCUGAUGCGGCUUACGAAUAGUAGCAUGGCAAUGUCGUACUAUAUGCUGUCUUCGCCUUGGACCAUCACACUUGUACAGGAGCUGCAGCAAUUACUAGAUGGCCCGACUUUGGACGACUAUACGAGUGUCCUACGAGAGCAAUGCCGUAGUCCUGGAAAAACAUUAUUGGAGCUGGUAAGUGCUACAACUAUGUAUGUAUCUGGAUGUAAAGUCAAUGUUCAUAGCUGCGUAGCAAGGCGGAGGGCACUUCAGCCCCCGAAGAGGUAUGCCCUCACGUGUAGUGGUGUCUAUCUCGUUGACCAAGGCGUACGCAGAUGUCUACUGUUCAGUCGCCACACCUUCUCGUCUACCGUACAUCCGAUGACGUUGCGCAUCUAGUCCUCGUCAGCCUCGUAUAGCAUGCGAUGCACUUUGCGGAUGGAAACCCCGUGUGGUAGGAGGCGCUCGAGCUGCUCCAUCUCCUCCUUGGAGACGCGCAUAACCGACCGCUCCUCGCACAUAGUGACCUCCAGGCGCCCC